AUGGAGGCCAUCUCUCCGGUCAGAUCUGGCCUCCUGGGGUUUCUGCUCCUGGUAGCAAAACUCUCAGUGCUGCUGGUCCAGAACCGGGUCCAUCUCUACAAUUUCCUGCUCCUGAAGAUCAUCCUCUUCAACCACUGGCUGUCGGGGCUGACCUGGGAGGCCCAGGGGCCCUGUGGCCGCCAGGCCCACCCCCACCCUGGGCUCUCAGCCUGCGCUGUGGUCCGGGCUCUCCGGGCCGGGCUGACACUGAUUGAGGUUCCUUUGUGGCUGCUGCUGCAGGGGCCCAGGCUGGUGUGGGCAGCUGUGCUGGGCUGUGCCAGGGCCCUGAGCCUGGCCCCACAGCGGCCUGGCGUCUCGGGGUGGCGGGGCCUGUCCGAGGCCACGUGGACAGACCUGCUUCUGUCAUGUCUGCACAGCCUGAUGCUGGCGGCCUUGCUGCUGCUGCUGCUGGCCUGGAGGCUGUGCCGGAAAGCCCACCGCUGUGGCCAGGGCUGGCCGCCCUGCAAGGUCCUGCUGGAGAACCGCGUGGUGCUGGAGCUGCUGGAACUGCUGAAGCGCCUCUACUGGUGGGUGCAGAGCGCCACUGUGCUUACCUCCUGGCACCUGGCCUAUGUUGUCACCUGGGCCACCUGCCUUGCUUCUCACCUUCUGCAGACUGCCUUUGAGCACACGGCCCAGCUGGCCCAGGAUCAGGAGGCUGAGCCCCAGGACGCCUCAGGACCGUUGUCCCCACUCCCCGAGCCCUUGGCCCCUGAGGCUCAGCCGGCCCAAACACAGCAUGGGGCCCUUGGAGAAUAA